AUGUCUGCCCCACCAACGAACGAGGAGGCGCUCUCAGAGCCACAUCCAAAAUUCGUCAUUGAGGGUGGUAAUGAAGGGGAUGAGGGCCACGCCUUCUUUCACUCUCGCAAUACGUCGGGCACCCAUUCAAACGCCGAAUCUCCUACCAUGACUCCUCGCAGUCUGAGUUUCGGUGCGGUCACCAAUCCAUUCUCCCCUCCUGCAAGUGUUGCCAGCUUCAGCAGCCCCGAAUACACUCCAGGAUGGUCGCCUGCGUCGCAAAGUCCUCAACCCCACUAUCCAUUCCCAGAAAUUAGGCCCCGCAGUAGCGGCGUCAAUUCUGUCUCAACCAGCAUAGCGGACCUCUCUCGUUCGUCCUCGUCACUUAAUGGUAACAGUCGCCCAGGGACUGCCGACUUCGCGCCGCCUGUCCGCACUUCGUCGGGGUUCCGCUUGCGAGAGUCGUUUGCCUCUCCACGAACACGCCCCUUGACGAUCUACAGCACUGCGCAGGGGUCUGGAACCAAAGUUCAGCGAGACCGGCCCAAGUCUACGAUGCUAAUGUCGACCACGACUUUGAGCAAACCGUGGCUUCAGACACGUGACCCUUAUACCCGUAUUGCCUACUUCAUAACUUACGGGGUUAUGAUGAUAGGAGUCGCUGCUGGUGCGUUUCGCUGUUGGUUAGGUUGGAACAGCGUUGCUCUCCUUGAGGGUAAUCUUUGCCCUGUACUGGAUGAGAACUUUGAUUCCUCGGACGGCAUUUUCGGUGACAAUGGCAAGUUUUUCCGUGAAGUAGACAUGAGCGGCUUUGGUAACGGCGAAUUUGAGAUGACAACUGCCUCGGAGAACAAUUCAUUUGUGCAGGAUGGAUUCCUAUAUAUUUCGCCGACUCUCACGUCGGAUAACAUCGGCGGAGCCGCUGUUGUAGAUGGCACUGUUUACAACAUAACGGGAUGCACCUACAACACUACCCAGGGUCUUUCAUACACGACCGCCACGACGCAGGUUGUGAAUACCAGUCAGACCUUCAACAUUGCUGAGUAUAACAAGGCGUGCUCCGCCGUUAGUAAUUCCACUAGUGGGAAGGUUAUCAAUCCCGUCCAAAGCGCCAGGCUCAGUACUCGAUACAGUGCCAGUAUCAAGUAUGGCCGUGUCGAAGUAAGAGCUAAGAAUCCUACCGGGGACUGGUUGUGGCCUGCCAUCUGGAUGCUUCCCGUCGACAACACAUAUGGCCCAUGGCCUUUGAGUGGUGAGUUUUAUACCUUCGAAUGGGUUGGCUCCGACGUCUUGGCGGUCAUCACACCUCAUGGCGAAAUAGAUAUCAUGGAGGCACGUGGUAAUGGGCCAAGCUACCCCAAGCAGGGAAGCAAUUACGUUCGCGGGUCUUUGAACUGGGGCCCACUAACAUGGCUAAACGCUGUUUCCAAAACUUACGGUUGGCGGGUGAUGCAUCGAGGCAGCUAUGACCAGGACUUCCAUACCUACACCCUGGAAUGGGAUCAAAGCUUCAUACGAAUUUACGUCGACUCUCGGUUGCAUCACUAUCUUGAUCUCAGAAUGAAUGAAGACUUCUGGAAGCGCGGAGACUUCCCCGCAGUCGUUCAGAAUGGCUCGGAAGCAAUCAUUCUUGACAAUCCAUGGGUUAAUGGAACCAAAGCUGCUCCUUUCGAUCAAUCGUUUUAUCUCAUCCUGGAUGUCGCUGUCGGUGGUACAAGUGGCUGGUUCCCUGAUGGCUCAGAAAAACCUUGGUUGGAUGGAUCUGCAACUGCGAUGGGUGAUUUCUGGUCUGCCAGGAGCCAGUGGUCGCCGUCUUGGCCUUCUGACGCUCGCGACAGAGCGAUGGUUAUUGAUUACGUCAAAAUGUGGCAACUGUGUUAAACAUGAAGGAUCCACCAUCUUCCUGAUUUAUGAUCUCAAAUUGGACAGCUAAUGCCGGUGAUACAUCGAAGGCGUUCUCGUCCAAGCAUACGUAUACCUCUCACUCUUUUACAAGAUACACCUCCUUAAUCAUUUUACUUUACCUAUCUAUUCUCUAUUCCAGCCUUCCUAUUUAUGUAGUUUAAGUUGGACACGUCCGCGCCCCUCUUUCCAGAAUCGAUGUUAACUUGUGCGUACAGUAGUUGUCACAACCGAGCUCCUUCCCUGAAU